UAAUUUCCAAAUUUCUACGUUUUCGUCUACCAGGAAAGACUGCAAUAAACGCUAAAUUAGAUAGAAACAUAGAGAAAGUGUCUGGCCCGACAUUUGGAUUUACAGUGGCAGACAUGGACGUAGACGACACCGGUACCUCGAAACUUAAUGUUUGGGAAGUCGGAGGCGAAAAAGACGUACGAUCUUCAUGGGAUUUUUACUUCGCAAACACCGAGGCUUUAGUAUUUGUGGUUGAUAGCAGUGACCACGAUCGCAGCACAGAAGCCAAGGAAACACUACAUAACGUACUCAAGCAUCAAUAUUUUGAAGCACAAAGAGAUCUUCCACUCGUAGUCAUUGCUAACAAGCAAGAUGUUAUCG